AAUAAUCAAGGUGGACAAAAUUAUUAUUUUAACGUUGGUACAGAGAGUCGGAAAGAAGGUAGUAGCGAAAAAAAUCAAAAGAUCAGCGGUAAUGAUAUUGAAGAACACAGUGACGACAAGAAAACGGUGAAAGGCAGCUUUCAAGACGAUACGAAGAAGAGGCAAAAUGAAGAAAACGACGGCUUGAACGAAAGUAACGAACGGAGUGAAGAGAACACAGAGGAAUUUAAUUAUCAAAGCCACUAUCGUAAGAAUAACAACCAUGGAAAAAAGUUUUAUUCUGAAAACAACAAUUAUGGUCGCUAUAACUACGAACGCAAUGAUUCCGACUAUGAAAAUGAUUAUCAAAGUGAUGACUAUAAUCAAGGUGACGAGAUGAUAAAAGAUGGUGAUAAAAGUAAUAAUCGCAAUGUCAGUAACGUGAAUUAUGAGAUUAACCGUCGCGAAAAUUAUCAAAACGGUGAAAACGACAUGAAAAGCACUCACCGCAGUGAAAAAGGAAAAGACAAUUUUGAGUAUCGACACGAGUAUGAAGAGUAUGAUGGGACGGACAACAAAGAUAAUGAAAAUAAUCAGAAUAGAAAAGAUUACUUAUAUGUCAAAAGACAAUCCUAUGACCCCAGUCGUCACGGUGAUAGUGACAAUAAGUACAACGACGACUAUGAAUAUUUUGAGAUUAAUCAAGGCAAGAACUAUUAUUAUUUAAACAAUGAUGAAAAUCGUGAGUAUAGACAGCCUGGAAGAAACUACUAUCAGUACUACGACGUGAACAACAAAAAUUUAAACUCCGCCAAUCAAUAUGAGGAAUAUGAAAAUAAUCAAGGUGAUGGCGGGUAUCAUUUCGUCGAUUUCAGCUACGACUCCAAUGACUAUAACACUGGCUAUCAAGAUGAUAGGAGUAAUCGCCAGCAACAGUAUAACUACAUAAACAACGAUGGAAAUAGUAGACAUUAUCGCAACGAUGAAGAAAACAGUAGACAUAACAAAUAUCGUGAUUGGCAUGAAGAGAGACAUACUAAACAUAAAGGCUCUUCCCAUGAUGAUCAAAAGAUAAAAUUUGGCAAUAGUAAUCAAGAUGAGUCACAUGAAGAUACAAAAACAGAUGAAGACGAAAAAAACUGCCAUGAAGAGAAUAUGAAUAAACAUAACACCCAAAGUCAUGAGAAUGGUGAUUCCAAAGAGAAUACUAACAGCAGCGGUAAUGAUAACGAUGAUAAUGAUAGUGGUAAUGAUAAUAAAGAGGAGCAACGAGAGCAUGGUGAAAUAAAAAAAAUGAAUGAAAAUAGCCAAAGCGAAGAUAGACCCGAUAAUGAAGGUGAGACGAACGUUAACUUCGAAGAAAGCAAUGAGAGUGAAGGCAACCAAAGUGAUAAGCAAGAGGAACGACAAGAAACGAAUGACACCAACAAUUGCGAAACCGGCAAUGGUCAAGACGAACAACGGAAUUUAGAAGAAGAAGGAGGCAGUGAUGAAGAAGAAGGAGGUAAUAAGGACGAUUUCAAUGAACAAGAAACAAACGAUAGCGAAAGUGAUAAUGGAGGUGAUGAAAGUGGUAGUUUCGAAGAGAAAAACGACAAGGAAGAUAAUAAACACGAGAAGACAGAUGAGCAAGAAGAGAGUGAUGAGAAGAAGGAAAUAAACGAAAGCGAGGGGGGUAACGCUGAAAAUCAUCAGGAUAAUCAACAGAAUUCAGGAGACAAUGAAAACGAAAAGCAAACCAAAGACGAUAAACGAGACGGUGAUAGAGGCAAUGAACGGGAGACAACUGACAACCAGGUUAAUGACGAAGGUGAUAAGAAUGAUAGCAAGGAAGAAGCAAAUGAUAACGAAUGUGAAAAUGGAGGUGAUAAUGAAGGUGAUAAAAAUGUUAACUCCGAAGAAGACAAUGAUGAAGAAAAUAACAACGAUGAAAAAAAGGACGAGAAACAAGACGAUCAGAAACAAGAAACAAAGGAAAACGACGAUAGUGACACUGAGAAAGAUCACGAUGGCCAAAAGCAUUCAGAAGGCAAUGAGAACAACGAAAAUAACACUGACGAAAAAGAAGAAGGCAAUGAGAACGAUGCGAAUGAACAAGAAUCAAAUGACAAUGAAAGUGAGAAUGACGAUGAUCAGAGUGCUAACUCCGAAGAAAACAAUAGCAGCGAAGAUAAUGACGCUGAAAAGAACGACGAGCAAAGAGAAGGCGAUCAGGAACAACAAACAAACAAAAACGGCGAGAGUGACAUCAAGAACGUUCAGGAUGGCCAACGGUAUUUAGAAGACCACGAGAACAUAGAAAGUAACACUGCUGAAAAAGAAGAAGAUAAUGAGAACGGUGAAAAUGAACAGGAAGCAAAAGAUAAUGAAAGUGAUGAUAACGAUGAUAAGAGUGAUAACUCCGAAAAAAACAUUGACAACAAAAGUAAGGAAAAUGAGAAGCAAGACAAACAACAACAGAGUGAUGAGAAGGAAAAAUCAAACGAAAGCAACGAUGCUGACACCGAGAAUAGUCGUCAUAAUCAACAGGACUCAGAAGACAAUGAAAAUGAAAACACAAACAAUAGCAAAGAUGAUGAAAAAGGGAGUAAUAAGAGCGAUAUAAAUGAACAACAAGAAAAUGGUAAAAAAAAUGAUAAUGUGGGUGAUAAGAACUCUAACUCCGAAGAUAACAAUAACAACGAAAAUACUGACGAUGAGAAGAACGAUGAGCAAACAGAAGGCGAUCAGGAACAAGAAACAAACGAAAACGGUGACAGUGACCCCGAGAACGAUCAGAAUGGCCAACAGAAUUCAGAAGACAAUGAGAACAAAGAAGAUAGCCCUGAUGAAAAAGAAGAAGGUAAUGAGAUCGAUGCAAAUGAGCAAGAAGCAAAUGAUAAUGAAGAAAACGAUGACAGCGAAAAUAAGGAAGAUGAGAACAUAGGUGAGGAACGGGAAAGCGAAAGAAGAGAUAAUAAUAGUGAAAGCGGAGAUAAUCGAAAUCAUAACGCCAACGACGACAAGCUUAAUGGUGAGACGGAAAACCUCUCUAAAAGUAACAAUGGCGAAGAAUCAAAUCAAAGCCGCGAGGGAAAUAACAUACCAAGAGAAGAUGCCCCAAAACCUGUUAUGAAAGAAAUGAAAAUCGGCCCAAAUCCUCCUCUAAGCGAAACGCCAAUGCAAUCUUCCCAAUCAACGGAAAAGCUUCCUUUCAAAGAAAUGAAAAUUGCGUACGCUUCGCCAGAGCCUAACAAGCAAUCGAUGGUAACACAUUCUUACUACAGCUCGCAAAUGCCAGUCAUAGACCAAAUGAUCGUACAACCUUCGUAUACCCCGCAAGAGAUGGAAAUGAAUGCACGCAACCCUUAUAGAUUUAUUAUAGAAGGAGAUGAAAAAUAUCGGGAGCGAUUAACUGAAGAGAUGAACAAAUAUUUUAAACGACUACUAUCCAAGUAUCAACUACCGGAAAAUUAA